GUGAACGACUUUGACCAUUUGCAGUCAGGAUUAUGAUUAGAACAACAACUGAACUUGAGUGGAUAUCGAUGAUAAGUUAUGGGGCAGUUCUCCAGCUACAGAUAUUGUUAAUAUCUGAAACCAAUACCAGGUUUAUAGAGUUAAUGGUUUCAUUUUUCCGUUUAACUAUAUAUUAUUUUUACUCAGUUUGUACACCACUUCAUAAGAGACCGAUGAUAAGCAGAGUUAUGCAGUGACAUACUGAGUCUGUAGACACUUGAUAUUUUCCCUCUUCAAGUCAAAUUCAAGGCUUAAAGGCAGUUAUUUAAUGGAUUAUUCUUCUGGAAGUAAAUUUAAUAUUUUAACAAGAGCAGUGACUACGGUGCGGCUCAGUCAAAUUUACUGAUCAGUUUAAUAUCAAGUCAUAAGUAUUUUAUUUUGUUUUUAACAAAGACUCAUUAUUUAUCGUUCCUGCGGCUUGAAAUGUACCUCUUUUUGUCUCAGUAGGGCUCCACAGUCUCUGAGUCAUGAAAAACAGCUGUUUCAAUCCUCCUUUGAUGCAUUAAGGUUGAUUCAGUUUCAUGUUUUUACUGUCUUGUAUCAUUGAAAUCAGUAUUGUAGAAUACUAAUUAUUAGUAUUGCGUGUUACAUAAACCGAGUGACUCAUUUGAAAACCUCUUCACAAAAUAAUAUCUUUUUUAGUUAUUUAAAAAAAAAACAAUGCUGUAACGCGGAUCUCCGAAGUCAUCGUCACUUACUGAUGUACAUACUCGCAUGCAUUAACCCAUUAAAACAUACAAUAAAAAGGACAGAUCCGCAGCACUGCAAACCUGAGCGGAUACAAAAAUACGAAUCCAACUCUAAAGUUCAACACCUGAUGCAGGGCUGACCGGUGAGAUGAAGGCAGAUGUGCUCUCUGUCCUCCGCACCUGUGUGCCUGUGUUAUUCAGCCAUCAGAGGGCAGGCGGAGGGAACCCCUGCCCUUACCUGCAGCCCCGGACGAGAUGAAAGGGACGAGCAGACACAGACACAAGAGUCGUGCUCCACGAAUCCUCCCACGCGGUCUGCAGCCGCAACAACAAAAAGCCCUCUGAGAGGCUGGAGGCUGCACAACACACAACCGCAAUCUGACCUGCCGGCUACCGAGCAAAUCCCACCGGAGCACUUUGGAGUUGAGUGCCUUGCCCGCGGGCCGUGGUGAAGAUGGAGGGGUGGGUUCUAUGUUUCACCGAUAUGCAUCCAGCUGAACUGGCUACUUGUUUAAUGUUUAGGCCACUGCAUAAUAUUAGUUUCAGUAGCGGGGGGCCGAGGGUCAGAGAAGGACCAGCUGGAUACAACUGAGUGAUUAAAGGAGCAAUUAUGUAAAGCAAAUCUUGUCACUUGUAACCCUUCACGGGGAAGUCAAAUCGAGGCGUGAUGAAGGACGAAAAAAGGGGAAUGGUGUUUUCAAAAUGAGGAGAUGACUGCACCAAUCAGUGUGUGCUGAAAGGCGCAGGGGUGGGCAGGGGAUGAUGAUGUCAGUGUGUGACAGAUGAAACAUCAGGCGCCCGCUCAGUUUGCACGGAUAACUCGAGAGGCUCCUCCUCGCUGGUCACUGUUCGUCAGGUCCAUGGAGCGAGCACAGCAGACCGACGCCGAGUGGACGCCGCUGUCAACGGAACCAGGUAUGAUGUGCAGCGCUUUUUAUUUACUUUAAACCAUAAUCUGCUUGACAUAGAUACAUGUUAUAAACUGCUAUUGACUAAAAUUAUUUGAAAUAUAUUUACUGAUUUAGCCCAAAUAGUUUGUGGUUAGAUUUCUUUGGUUUAAAUAAUUUAAAUAAUUAUUAAAAGGAUAAAAGGGAAAAAGGGAAAAAGCAUAUCCAGUUGUAUAGAAUAAAGUUAUUUUAAAUUACAUAUCAUGUAGUACUCCCACUAUUAUAUAUCUCUUUUUCCUUUUUUUUUCUUCUUACAGACUGUUCUCUUCACAUGCAUAACUUACCUUUUACGCUAUCAAAGUACCUUCCUCAUAGUGAUAUUCAGACUUUCAGCACUAAUUUUGCAGCUCAAUGCGUUGCUCUGUGUGUAAACCACAAGCGCUCCACAUAGGUGGUGCACGUAUGUUGUGCGGCGGGUGACGCAUGCUGCACAUACUGCGAGAGUGUGACCUGGUGGCGCUGGCGGAGGUGGUGCAUGCGGUGUAUCUGCGCUGCUGCUGUGCUCAUGGCCCAGAGGAGGGCCGCCGGUGGCUGCUGCUGCCCCAGGGCGCCCGUGAACGAAGACAACGCCCGGUUCUGCCUGCUGGCCGGGCUCAUCCUGGUCUACUUGCUGUGUGGAGCGGCCAUCUUCUCAGCGCUGGAACACCCCUUUGAGCUGCGCGCACGCCGCCUCUGGAAACAGCAGCUGGACAACUUCACCCACAGGUACAGGGUCAACCUGGGGGCCCUGCACACCCUGCUGCGUCAGUACGAGGAGGCGAACGGAGCCGGGAUCAGAGUGGACACGCUGAGGCCCCGCUGGGACUUUUCUGGAGCUUUUUACUUUGUUGGUACAGUGGUCUCCACUAUUGGCUUUGGAAUGACCACACCGGCGACCAUAGCUGGAAAAAUCUUCUUAAUCUUCUACGGUCUCAUCGGCUGUGCCGCCACCAUUCUGUUCUUUAACCUCUUCCUGGAGAGGAUCAUCACAAUGUUGGCGUACAUCAUGCGCUGGUGUCACGAGCGUCGGCUGAGGUGUGCCGGAGUCUGGGUGGUGUCGAGCAGGGAAGAGUCCGAGGAGGACAGCCUGGAAGGCUGGAAACCAUCGGUCUAUUACGUGAUGCUGAUCCUGGGCGUGGCGUCGGUCGUGAUCGCGUGCAGCGCCUCCACGCUGUACAGCCCCAUGGAGAACUGGAGCUACGUGGACUCCCUCUACUUCUGCUUUGUGGCCUUCAGCACCAUCGGCUUCGGGGACCUGGUGAGCAGUCAGAGAGCCCAGUACGAGUCUCAGGAGGCCUACCGACUCGGGAACUGCAUUUUCAUCCUGAUGGGGGUGUGUUGUAUCUAUUCGCUUUUCAACGUCAUUUCUAUCAUCAUCAAGCAAACCCUAACCUGGAUCGUUGGUAAACUGGUGUGCCCGGGGCGGCAUCAGUGCUGCUCCUGCUCCAGACAUGGAUGCUGGUGGUUCUGCUGCCCCUGCCUGAAGAAGAAAAAUCCCAACCGCAUGCGUCCGCUCGCACGCGUCAGACAGAAGCACUUGAAGCGCAACGCCGUGCAGCCCAUCGCAUCCCACCGCCCCGCGGGAAGACACCGCUGCAUGGACGGCUCGGUGGAGACGGUGUGCGACAGUGAGACGGACGCCGGCGCGGCCGCCGUGGGCCGCCGCAUGUCGGGGGAGAUGAUCUCUGUGAAUGAGUUCAUGGUGUCCAAUAAGGUGUCUCUGGCGCUGCUGCAGAAGCAGCUGAGCGAAACCGCUCAUCAGGGCCCGCGGCAAAGCUACGGCCAUCAGAACGGAUUCUCCGGGGGUGUUGGGGCCUUGGCCAUUAUGAAUAAUCGCCUACAGGAGACCAGCAUGGAUAGGUAGCAUAGAUCAUGUGCCUUGCAUCCCAAAUCCGACCUAUUUCCUUGUUGAGUGAAUUGGAGAAAUCCUCAGUGGGCCACCACAGAAUUCUGCCAUUAAUGCCGUUCCAAUUUUUACUUUGAGCAAUUUCAACAGAGGUCUGUAUGGACAAAUGCAGACCUACUGCGUGGAUUCUCGACAUCCAAAAUUUGAUUAUAUUUUCUUGUCUGUGUAGACAAAAAGACAAUUUAAAGACUUUCACAUCCCUGUGAGGAGGGGUCUGAUGUCCUGAAGUGAUUGGCUCGUUCAAAAGCAAUCAGAUGAAAGAAGCCGUGAAGGGCCACUUAGAGGGGACUGCUGAUUUAAGAGUGCUGCACAUGUCGUCUGAGAUGCUCAUGAAUAUAGAUGUGAGGUGGUAGUCGGUAUUAGUGAAUAUACAGACAUCAACACGAUAUAUAUACAGAUUCUGCUUAAUUAACUAGCUGCUUACAAAACAUGCCACGUUUAAAUUGUGAUUUGCAUUCAAACAGAGGUUCUCAUGAGGUACUGCAUGAGCUCACAAACACCCACAAAAGAAAGAGCUUUCUAAUUCGUAAAUUGCUCAGAAGUCAAAAAAGCUUGUUUUUUCAUCAAUGCACAUCAUUGACAUUCGUAGUAGUCAUGAAAUAGCGUCGUGAUCCAGGGUUUUAAAUAGAGCCCGUCUAAUCAAACCAGGCCCGUAGAGGACGUCCUUAAGUCAAAAGUGCUUAUAGUCCCAGGAUCACAUCAUCAGAGCUGGUAGCAAGAUUCAGGCUCCUCUGCUAGCUCGAGGAGAUCCUUUACUAUGCAAAAAACAAACGUUUGAAUCAG